AUGGACGAGUUCUACCGCCCCCAGCCCCAGCGGGGCGAAUCGCAAAUGGCGCCCUCCUUUGUCAACAGGAGCGGUCCCUCCCUACCGCGCCGAUUCACCGCAGAAUCGGGCCAUGUACCAACACUAUCAUCCUUUAUACCUGGUUCCCAGCGCCCACCCGAGCCCAUCGAGUUUGCUGCUACUCCUGCUGCGACUCUCCACAAGGUUCAGCUGUUAGAAAAGAAGAGACAGGAAUACGAACGAAUCCGAGAGAGCAAGCGGCGGUUCGAAGCCGAGCUCUCUAAACUAGACGCUCAGCAGCGUCAGGAAGAGCGCGAACUCGCACAGAUGGCAGAGGAUCUGCAGAUAGGCAGAUUCGCCGGCCACCAGUCCGAGCCGACCACACCCCCCGAAUAUCGCGAUGCCUCAAGAGGCUUUCCCUCCAUGUUUUCCCGCCCGAACCGGCACUCGACCGGCCUCGUCAACCGUGGAACCCGCUCCUUGCUCACAUCUCCACCGUCGGGGAUGCUGCCCAUGCGGUUAGCCUUUGAUGACCAACUGCCGACACGCUCAGGUCCAGGCUCACGAAGGAACAGUGACGAAGAUGAGAAGGAAGAGGCUGUGCGCCAGGAUCCCACCAGCCAUCGUUCCACCAAAGCCCGUUGCGGUUUUUGUGAUGGGGCCGGAGAAGAGAUCAUAAGCCCCUCAAAUCUACUGUAA